AUGCCGAGGAACGCAAAAUCCGCUGGUCAUGCACAUUCCUUUCAACAUUUUCACGGUCCAGUCAUUGGUGAAAGUCAUGAAGUGACUUGGAAGGACAAACAUGGUCAUCACGAUCACGAUUACGUAGCACAUCCUCACUACGAAUUCUCUUAUGGUGUUGAGGACCAUCAUACCGGUGAUUACCAUGGACAAAAGGAACACCGGAAUGGUAAAGAAGUAGUUGGAGAAUAUAUAGUGAAGGAACCGGGUGGUAAUAUUAGAACCGUCAAGUAUCAUGCUGGAAAAAAUGGAUUUUACGCUCACGUAUACAACAGUGAUGGAAACGAUCAUGAAUAUGGAAAAUACCAUUAG